AUGAGUCACGGCGAAGAAAAGGAACCUGGGAUUCCCCAGAAGGUUGACAGCAUCGAUGAGAUUUUCGUUGGAUGCAAGUCAUGGGUACUAAAAGAUGGUCAAGAUCGUCUUGCUGAAAUUCUAUCCAUUAACAGCAGAAGAGAUCCACCUAAGUUCUACGUGCAUUAUGAAGACUUCAAUAAACGUCUAGAUGAAUGGAUCACUGCUGAUAGGUUACAGAUAGACAAGGAAGUCAUUUUUCCUAGGCCUAAAGAGCUUGAAGAGAAGAAAGACUCGAAGAAAAAGAAGCAGCAACAGAAUAAAAGUGCUACACCACAAGCAGCCAGUGCUACUCCGGAUGGUGGGGAUGUGAUGGAUUUGGAUAAUUUGAAUGUACAAGGGAUUCCUAAUGAAGAUAUUUCCAGAGAAGAUGAAAUAAAGAAGCUUCGUACAUCGGGGUCAAUGACACAGAAUCAGAAUGAGGUGGCUAGAGUUAGAAAUUUGAACAAGGUGAUUAUGGGCAAAUAUGAAAUAGAGCCAUGGUACUUUUCACCUUAUCCAAUAGAGUUGACUGAUGAGGAUGUGGUAUAUAUCGAUGAUUUUUCCCUACAAUAUUUCGGAUCAAAGAAACAAUAUGAACGAUACAGAAAGAAAUGUACUCUACGACAUCCUCCAGGUAACGAGAUAUAUAGAGAUGACUAUGUUUCCUUCUUUGAAAUUGAUGGUCGGAAACAGAGGACAUGGUGCCGUAAUCUAUGUCUUUUGUCUAAACUUUUCUUGGAUCAUAAAACGUUGUACUAUGAUGUUGAUCCAUUUUUAUUUUACUGUAUGACUAGGCGUGAUGAACUAGGCCAUCAUAUUGUCGGUUAUUUCUCAAAGGAAAAGGAAUCAGCUGAUGCUUAUAAUGUGGCAUGUAUUUUAACACUACCUCAAUAUCAAAGAAUGGGUUACGGUAGACUAUUAAUCGAGUUUUCUUAUGAGUUAUCUAAGAAAGAGGGUAAAGUCGGAUCACCAGAAAAGCCGUUAUCGGAUUUGGGUUUGUUAUCUUACAGAGCAUACUGGGCCGACACCUUGAUUAAGCUUUUGGUAGAGCACGGCCAGGAAAUCACCAUCGAUGAAGUUAGUUCAAUUUCCUCUAUGACUACCACUGAUAUUCUUCAUACUGCAAAAGCCUUAGAAAUAUUAAGGUUCUAUCGAGGUCAGCAUGUACUGUAUUUGAAUAGCGAUGUGAUGAAAAGGUACAAAAAGCUAAAGAAUAAUAAGAGGAGAUCUAUAGAUCCUCAAAAAUUAAUCUGGACACCCCCAGUAUUUACCGCUUCACAAUUACGUUUCGCAUGGUAA